AUGACUGGAGACGCUAGAGCUGGGUGGGCGAUUCGCCGCCAGCAACGCUGCCUCAAGGAUACGGAAGUCGGUCGUCACACUUGGGGCUCUUGGUACGCCUGCUGCCCGUCCUCAAUCGACUAUAGCUCGGCCGCGGAUGGCAACACCAGAUGCGACGAGGGAAAUACCAAGGGGGAUACCGUGGACCCGCCUCGGUGCGCCAAUUCAACAGGGAGUCUUUGGUGGCAGAACGGAUAUUUCUGCUGCGAGAAUGACCUGCUGGGCUACUACUAUUCGGAUCAAUCAACCGGCUGUGGGGAUCAACAGAUGAUUUCUGAUGGCCAGGUAAACGGGUCUACCAUCUAUCCUGCGCAACAGGGACAUAACCCUCACAAAUCCUCGAAUUCAUCGACAAACAAAGGCACGAUUGCCGGUGGUGUGGUCGGAGGUGUUUGCGGAACCCUCAUCAUCGCGGGACUCAUAUGGUAUUUCCUCCGUCGUCGUCGAUCAAAGCAAUCGGUCGCAGAGCCAGACGAAUCCUUUAUGCAUCCUAAGGAGGAUUCCAAGAGCAGUCCAACCGAGUUAGAGGAGACCAGCCAACACGGCGUAUCUGAAUUGAACGAUGGUUCGAGUCGAAAGGAAAUGCCGGCUGAUACGCAACCGCGCCAGGAGCUUCCGGCAAAUCCGCAGCCUUGCGAGCUUCCUUGA